AGUUGACUAAGAAGUACUGUUACGGGGAACUUACACCAGACCUGUGUUCUGUCUGUCGAAAGGUUUCACCCUAGUCAAUGUGUCCUUCCACUGGCUCUGCUGCGUUGCGUUUCUAGUCCGUCUCAGCUCCAGCAAUCUGAAGCCCUCACAGCAGAACUUCAGUGUGUCCCAGGAGGAGACCAUGUCGCACGGGGAGGUUUUCAAAGCAGAGAAAGUCUUUAUCAGAGACUGUGAAGAGGGAGGAGCAGGAAAAACAAAGCAAGUGGGGACAAAACUGCAAACAAACAAGAUUAAACUGAGCUACAAAUCACUCGCUGCGAUUCCCACAAACACUCUCCUGUUGGAUCAGCAGGUGAUAGAUGAGCAGGUGGAGCGAGGAGAGAGUCCGUAUGACACGCUGGAUGUAGCUGUCACAGACACACACGCUGAGAUGUGUUCACCCUCUCAGCUCCGGCAGCAGUCGGCUGAGCUUUAUGCAGUGAUUGAUGAGAUUCUGGCCGAUUCCAUUCCACCAAGCAAAACAUCACGAUCACCGCAGCCUCCCGGGUCAUCAUCCGCCAACGCUGGUCUGCAGCAGAGCAAUUCAUCAUUUCUGAAGUCCUUGGGACGUGAAACCAAAUAUGCAUCUUUGUCCAGUCUGCAACCGUCCACAGGUGUGUCCAGAAAGUUCAUGGACACUAAAAAGACGAAGCCUGGGGUCAUUCGCCCGAUGACGGCCAUUCCAAGACUGACAGUGGAGGAUGAGGAGGAAUUUCGUCCGAAUCCCUUCAGGGGAUAUGACUUCAAACAGACCUCAGCUGACAACAGAAAGAUGGAAAAUAAAAGCCUUUCACAGCCAGGAAUACAUCGUAACACAAUGGAGACAACUCCAUUAUCAGUGUGUGACCUGCAGAUCACAGAGGCUGAAGACCAGAUCAGCCGCCAAGUGAAGGAUGCUGCAACAUCUUUCAGCACUACUGGAGGGAGGAUGAAUGCGUUUGAGACUCAUAUUUAGGAGAAAGAAAUGACCUUUUAUUUAAUGGACUGCUUUAUGCUCAGACACAAUCUGUACUACAGACCAUUACGAAACAUUGCACUGUCAAGUGGAAAUGAGAGGUCGGUUGCACCUUACAUGAAUUAGUGCACAUGUUGACAACUGAGUAUUAGCUUUGGGGGCACUUAUGGCUUUGACUCCACUAUGUUUGAAAGACAAAUAUUGUACUUUUGACUGCACCACAUUUCUAUGAAUGUUCUCUUGACUCGCCACUUUUGUUCUGACAUCAGCUGAUCAUGCUUUUCUUUUCUAAAAUCUGAAGAUAACAAACUGUGUAACUCUUCAUGUGGCUGGUCUAGGGGGUGUUGCUGUCCUGUGUCUCAUGCUUGAGUGUACAGCAAACACAGAGAAAAACAUCCCUCAGAUCAUUCAUUUAGAGAUGGUAGUGAAGGCUAAAGCAGAGACGGAUGACGUUUCUCCACUUGAGCACCCAUGGCCAUAUCUGAAGCCAUGUUUGAGGUUUUUAAAGGAAUAUUAAUUCAUAUUAUUUUAAAUGUUCUCUCUGUUUACUGUGUACAAACUUCACCACAGCACCUACUAAAACAGCUGUAGGUGCUUGCAGUCUGGCUGACAUUGUCCCUGGUUAUCGGGUUAUUUUAGUUGCACCUAUUAUUGUUCCUAUUAUUUUGGAGCUGCAAAUCUGGAAAUCUGUCACAUGUUAGUCCAUAAAUGUAAAUAAUAUUUUCUAACUGAGCAUAACGUAGUAGAAUGUACACACAUGUAUUCUUGGCUGCACUUAUAAGUAUUUUUACUCCCAUUUUAGAAAUCAAGUAAUUAGUUGACUGAGCAACUUUAACUUGUAUUGGAGUAAUAUUUGAUCAGGAGUAUCUUUAUAAUGAAGUUGUGCACUUUGGUCACCACUGCAUGAUAGUUUCAAUUUGAGUUUCUCUGCUGAGAGCUUCUUACUGCCCACCUCAGUUGUCAGCAUUAUGUUUGUUACUGUUGUGUUCGUAUCAGGAAACAUUCUUAUACAUUUUGUUGUAAUAUAAACCCAGAAAUAGUCACCGUUGCAGAACUCCUCCUCCUACCAGGCUAUACCCAGCUGCCCAGUUGUGAGCGUGAGUCAGACAGAGACAAUGUCUUGCUGUGAAGUGCAUGUGCCAACAGCAAGUCCCUGCAAACAGCAGAGCCUGAAUGUCCUGAAAUCAUCUAAAAAAUAUAUCAGGAAUUCAUGUGUGAUAGGAGCUUUGCAGUGCAGGUGGGCGGUGCAUGCUGUAUUUCCUUCUUCAGUAACACAUAGUUUGUCUGUCACCACCCAAAAGGUUAGGAGUGUACUGCACUGUGGAUGUGUUCUUUCUGAAUGUUCUUUUUUUUAAACUGACACUAUCUCCUUUCAAUUUUGAGAACCACUUUGCUACAGAAUCACAUCACUGCUUUGCAAUGAUUCAAAAACUCUGCAUACCGCCUCUGUCUUGUUACAGCUGCUCAAAUGUGACUGACAUGAUCGACUGACUAACUGAUGUAGUGGGACAAGUUCAAUAAAUGUUCAGUCAGUGCUAAAUAUCCCACAGCAUGAGAGGACGUUCAGCUGUGAUUUGACCUAAACUUUUCAAAAUGAAAGCUUUUAUAUCAGGAAAAAAAAAGCACAAACUUUUAACCUUUCAGUCUGUGUGUAUGAUUGAAUUCAGUCAAGAGCGAACACUGUGAUAUGUAAUAAAUGUC